UUUUGGUCCCUGCGAGCUUCCGUCCGCCUGAAGCAAGAUGGCGGCACGAGUCCUUCACACAGCGCCCCGGUGGCUGACGAGCGUCAAACACUCGCAACAAAUUCUCGCCGCGAGCGGACAGUUUCGUGGUUCCGUCAGGAGCUUGUCUGGGCUGCAGGACAGCUGGUUCAAGUCUCUGUUUGUGAGGAAGGUGGACCCGCGCAAGGACGCCCACUCGCACCUGCUGGCUAAGAAGGAAGACAACAACCUGUACAAGAUCCAGUUUCACAACGUCAAGCCCGAGUGCCUGGAAGACUACAACCAACUCUGUGAGAGUGUGUUGCCUUCCAUCCACGCCGACCCGGAAUACCCGUGCGAGCUUGUCGGAACAUGGAACACGUGGUACGGAGAACAGGACCAGGCAGUGCACCUGUGGCGAUAUCGAGGAGGUUACCCGGCCCUUACCGAAGUCAUGAGCAAACUCCGGCAGAACGAGAUGUUUGCUGAUUACCGGCGGGAGCGCGGCAAGAUGUUGCUGUCCCGCAGGAAUCAGCUGCUGCUCGAGUUCAGUUUCUGGAACGAGCCGGUCCCCCGCGCCGGGCCCAACAUCUACGAGUUGCGAUCGUACCAGCUCAGGCCCGGCACCAUGAUCGAGUGGGGCAACUACUGGGCGCGCGCCAUCGAGAUUCGGCAGCAGAACCAGGAAGCCGUGGGAGGAUUUUUCUCCCAGAUCGGAAGCUUGUACCAAGUUCACCACUUGUGGGCCUACAAGGAUCUGCAGUCCAGGGAAAACAUUCGAAAUGCGGCCUGGCAGCGGGAAGGCUGGGACGAGGUCGUCUACUACACAGUGCCGCUCAUUCAGCACAUGGAGUCUCGAGUCAUGAUUCCCUUGAAGAGUUCGCCCUUGAAAUGAGCCCUGCCGCCCCGUGACCCCGUGCGGGAAAAGAGGCGAAGGCGGCGCCGCCGCCGCCGCCGCCGCCGUGAGGGGCUCCUGCUCGACUUUGCUCCGAGUGUGAGUGUCUCCAUCAUCGCGGUCACCUCCGCUGACUCCCCGAGAAAUGUUUGCUGAUUAACUUGAUUGAUUUUUCAAAUGAGUAUAGAAAAACGGGAGAAUAAUAAAUCUUGGUUGAGUUGCCAUGG